UGUCGUUUUCGUAGUUUUCAUUCAUUAUGACGAGACACACAAGAUAUUUGUCAAAUUUAACGAAAAUUAUAAGGAAAUAAAUACAUAAAAUGCAACUCAAGUGAUAAUAGUUGAAUAUAAGGUAUUACUUUGUAUUUAAUUUCGAGGUUGAAUGUUUUUGGCUGCACGUAAAGCCACAAGUUACAGUACUUGCGUAGGCUGGACGAUGAUAUUGUCAGAGGGUGAAAUAGUAUUUGUGUUCGGAAUAAAGGUAAAUGUGGAGUGCAAUAUCAAAGAUUUUCAUGAGAAACUCUAGUAUUAAUAACGUGCAAAGUGGCGAUAAUCCAUCAAACGAAGUGGACCGCGGAACAAGACGAAAAACCGAUAUGGAUGAUACAUUCAUCACCAGGCUGGCCAAACAGAAGGCAUCGGUGAAAUGGCUCCUUUCAAAAGCGUUCAACAAUAAAAUUCCCGAAAAUUUAAAGGAUCCAUUUUAUCGCGAUCAUGAGAAUCAAGAACAUUUGAAACCCCAAAUAGCCGGGGGCCUGGCAAACGCCGAAAUCUAUUGCUUGGCCCUCGGCAACAUUUACUCGGAUCCCAACUACCAUAAUCUCAAUCAUUGGGCCAUUUUGCAAACGUUAUCCAGGAAAGGGGUUUACAGCAAUGAGGAUGGUCAGCUUACGGAAACAACGCUGAUCCAAACCAACCCCCUUCGUAUGACUGCCCACAUGGCAGUUAUCGAAAUGAUAAUGUUGCUGUAUACUCGGGAAGUAGUAACGCCAGAUAGAAUACUUUCUGCGGUUCAAAGGUUCGAUCAUGGAAAAACUUCGGUUCCGAAUAUGUCGGACAAUAUAGUGGACCAGUUGUUAGUUUGGGUUAAUCAUACCUGUGAUGCGUUACGUAUAAGGAUAGAGCAAGAAAUUGGUAGCGGAGUUACAAACGGGGGAGACGGUGACAGGUUGAAAGUACCGGACUUCCCACAACAAAGAGAGCUAAAAGACUUGUGCGAUGGGGUCGGUUUGGCAGCGUUAAUUUCAUAUUACUGCCAUGAUGAACUUUCUUGGACUGAUAUAAGGAUAACUUGUGUUCCAUCCGUACAGGAUAGCAUCUACAAUCUUAAGCUAUUAGAAGACUUCUGUCUUAGAUGUUUACCGGCUUCCAUAUUUCAUCUGAUGCCAGAAGAUGUUACCUAUAUGCGAGAAUCGAUGAAACAAAACCUUCUAGUUUUCUUAGCCGAUCUUUUUAAUGUUAUGGAAAUCAAUCCUGCCAAAUGUGUACGAUAUCCGGGAAUUGAUAAAUUUACCAAUGAUGGUAUUCCCCAGUCUAACGCCCACGGUGUGAUGCAUAAACGUAAUCUACUGCAGACCGUGAUGGCACCCAUACCGGAUCUUCGCGCCGGAAUCAACGAUCCGGCAGAUCCUUCUGCUUUCCAAGUACAAAGAUCAACGCCUACGCACUUCCCUCUUAGAAAAUCUAAUUCGUUGCAACAGAGCCAACAAAGCAUAGUAACAGAUAUGACUGAAGACAGUCUACGAAGAGGUUCGGAAGAAUCUUUUGUAGUCCACCGGGGGAAAAAUAUACCGACGCUUAGGUCUGUUGUUCAGGAUGAACCUCUCAUGCCAGCUCGUCUCAGGGUGAACAAAGAAAAACAAAACAACGAUACGAAAGCCGACGAACGAGGCGAAAUGGCGGCAAUAGCGGCGGGAAGGCCGAGUAAUUGGGAAGAAAAUAGAAAAAGUACGUACGCAGGUCGAAGAAGUAGACGAAAUUCUACGACGGAAGAUUCUCAGUUAACCAUAGAAAACUUUGGGGGUAGUCAAGAUAACCUCAAUUUUAUUGGAAGGAAUCCUGAUAAAGAGGUGGCGGUUCACGUUGGGCGAAAAAUAUCAGCGCCAUCAUUUCCCAUUCCCAUCGAGAACGCGCCGGUAAGGUCUUCCUAUCAGGAUGCCCGUAGCACGCUCCAAUUGGGUUACGAAAACGGCUGUGACGAAAAACAGGACAACGGGACGGAGAAAUACAAAUUGAAGAGGCAACUGAGCAGCGAUGACAUCGCUUUUAGGAACGUCGGCUCGCACUUGAACAAAGAGAACAUCAUUAAAGAUUUGGUAGAUGGAGAAGUGACGAAAAGGAUGAGCUUCGCGGAUUUGGGGAAGCAAAAGGCGCUGGGGGAAAACAGGGGGAUUCAGCUAGUCUAUAUGAACGAUAAGGAGGAGUUUCCGCAAAAGAGUAGUUUUUUGACGAAGCUUGGAAGCACAAAUGGUAGUGAAAAGAAGACAACGUUCGCAACUCUACCUAACACCACUACGUGGCAGCAACAAAGUUCACAAAACCAACAAGGCGAGUCCAAUGGAGACGAAUCGGCCCCCAACGUAAUGAACGUCCAACUCAACGACAUCCGAUUGAAGCUCGAGGAAAAACGAAGGCACAUAGAAAGCGAAAAACGGCGGAUGGAGAUAGCGAUGAACAAACAAAGACAAAAAGUAGGGAAAGCAGCUUUCCUUCAAGCUGUUGUUAAGGGAAGAGGUAAUUUACUUAAAUCAUCUGAUGCCGAGUCUAAUAACUCGGCAGAGGGCUCAGAAUCACACAGCCCCUCAUCCGAAUCCACAACUCCCUCACCAAAACCCCAGAGGCCGUUAUCCCUACAGGACAUCAAUGAAGACGUUACUAUACUCGAUAGAAAGUGGUCGGAUGAGGGACAUACUUUGGUAGAAACCAGAACUCCUGAUUUGGAGAACAUGGAUUUAGAAACAUACCAACAAUCCAUUGCUCAAAUGAAUUCUAGUCUACACGAUAUACAGUCAGAUAUGCAAAGAUUAACUUCGCAACAAAACCAAUUGCAACAACAGAAUCUAAUUGCUCAACAACAAAGGCAGAUCCAAGCUCUUCAACAACAACAGCAACAGUUCCAAAGUAUGCAGUCUCAACAACAACAGAUACCUCAGUAUAGUACGCAACAGCCUUAUCAACAGCAAAUCUACCAACCACCGCAGGUAUAUGCACCUCCAUUACAAACAUCUGCGAGCGCGCCGCAUAUACCUCAGACAAUAUUCGGCCAGCCUAGAGGAGUACCACAAGGACAAUUUUUCUUGCAUGAUCAGUCGGUGUCGAUAUCGCCGGGUCCUCAAAUGACACCACAGAGGCGGACGUGGGCGCAACAACCACAGCCACCUCCCAUACCCAUGGAAUCGUACCAUCAACCGGAAUUGAGGACUUGGAGUAAACCAAAUAAUAUACCAGAAACCAGAGGAGGGUUCGUCUUACACGAAUCCGAUAGGUAUCAAGACCAACCUAGAUACCAGGAGGGCACCCGAUAUUCAGAGAGUCCCCGUUUCUUUGAAAGCAAAUAUCAGAACGGCGGCGGUGACGAUCACACCUUACACCAUUCGAAUAGUUUCACAUUGAGCCAACAGCACCUUCAGCAACAUCAACACCAUUCGAGCAAUUAUGGCACGUCACACAGCACACCCUCGGCCUCGCCUCAGCAUCGGAAUAUCCACAGGCAAAUUUCGCAACUGUUAGAUGAAGGUAAAAGAGCACCUGUCAGUUUGCAACAAAUAGAUGCCAAGGAACCUGCGCCAAGGAAGACUAGCGUCAUACAUGCGCCUAUUCCAGCUCCGUCUGUCGAUGACAUGGAGCCGCAGAAUAUUUCGUUUAUCGGAAACUCUACCACUGAUAAACUUACUGAAGGCCUCAGCCGUUUGAACAUAACUUCGGGUACUAGAACGUACAGAAUACCGUCCCCUACUCGCCCAUCGAUUACCCGAAACUCAUUCCAACCCACGCCAUCUCCACCUUCGAUAGAGCCCGUGGCCGAUGUCAGUAGUUUAGACAACGAUCCCACGAAUCAAAAGGGCUUCUAUAUUAGCUUCGAUAACGAUCAACCGAAGCGACCGAAACCCCCUUUGAGGGUGAAGAAGAUGUCGCCAAAGAAGGAGAGGAGUUACGUGGAGUCAACUGAAGAACUUUAUGAGCGAAAGGAAGAGCAUGAAAGGCACAGGCAGCUAAGUAAACCACACGAAGAAGAUAGGACGAGAAAGAGUGAAGAAGAACGAAGACAAAUGUUAAUCGAACAGGAAAGGGAAAAAUUGAGGGCGAAACGGGAAGCUAGUCAAGAUAGGCAGAAAGUCAAUGCUGCCAGCGCUAUUAUUAUAGGAAAUGAACUCAAUAAUCCCGAUCCAGAUUUAGAUUACGAAAGAGAAAGAAAAAAAGAGAAAAUCAUGCUGCUGUCCUUGCAAAGGAGACAGCAACAGGAAGAAAUGAAGUCGAGGAAGGAUGCAGAAGCUCAAGCUAGGAGAGAGAUGGAGAAACAGAAGGAAGAGGAGAAGGUGAGGAAAAAAGAGGAAACUGCAGCUAGAAGACAAGCCAUUUUGGAACAGUAUAAGCUGAAGAAGGCGCUAGAAGAAGCCGAAAGAGAGGGCAAAACGUUGGACAGGUCCGAAUUAAAUUCGCUGAAACCUGCGCCGAAAAUGCGUGCCAAGGGUAACACGCGACCUCGACCGAAGACGAUACACAUAGACAGUGGAUCUGUCCAAAUGGCCGAAGGAAUGUCUAGUAGAGGAAAGAAGGGAUCAACAACAAAUUUAACAGCUUAUACUCCUUCCACUAUGAAAAGAGAUUAUUACAGAGGUUCCCACGACAGCUUGGCAGAUAGAAGCAUGAGCAGUGGCAUGUUAUAUAAAGAUUCGCCCGACGACAGUAGGGGCGUUUCGCCCUGCCCCAGUGCCAACCAGACUUUAGGCAGGCGGAGUUCAUACAAAACGAGUCGAGACCCCUCUCCUGCUCAGGUACGCGGCAGACCUAAGUAUACGGCUUAUCAAAACUUUAAAGGGCGCAAGUCUAGCUCUAUGAUGAAUUUGUACGGUUCCAGUACUGAUCAAGAUAGUUUAGCAUACCGGUACGGCGACACCGAUUCCGGUUUGGGUCGCGCCACGCCUCCUAGGAGAGCACCAUCUCCCGGAAUGAGCAUGCGACAUCUACCAUCUCCUUCAGGACCGGGUAGCCUGCCGGGGCUCAUGUCUAAGGGCAGGAGGAUGUUUGACGAUGGGUCUAGUGAUAUAAGUUCGACGCCCAGUAUGAUGGAUUAUAAUGGUCCUCGAUUGUACAAACAGCCAGCUACCAAAUCUAAUAGAAGUAUUAUGUUUAAUGCCGUAGAGUAUUGUGUGUUCCCUGGUGCCGUUAACAGAGAAGCCAAAAAAAGAGUUCUCGAAGAGAUCCAAAGGUCGGAGAGCAAGCACUUCCUUAUAUUGUUCCGAGACGCCGGAUGCCAAUUUAGAGCUCUCUAUUCCUACUGUCCCGAACGGGAGGAAAUUACGAAAUUGUAUGGAACAGGACCUAAACAGGUUAACGAUAAGAUGUUUGAUAAAUUUUUCAAGUAUAACUCCGGGGGAAAAUGUUUCUCUCAAGUGCACACGAAACACUUGACUGUUACAAUAGACGCUUUUACGAUCCACAAUUCAUUGUGGCAAGGCAAAAAAGUCAACCUUCCAAACAAAAAAGAUAUGGCUUUGGUUAUUUAAGUUAAUUAAAAUGAAUAAAUCUAAAAAAAGUUGUUAAUUAGUCAUCUAAUAUAUUACGUAUUAUUUUUGUUAACGCUUUAUUAAACGUUAUUACUUUAUUUGUUGUAGGCAUUUGUCGAACAAAUUCAAACGGGCCGAUUCGAAUUUUGGUUAGCAAACUCGUUUGGACGAUACUGUUCGUAAAGUAAUGAAAAUGUAGUUAAGGAACUAUGGCCCGAAAAAUAUUUAAAUUUUGGUAUUAGAAUUUUAUUGAAACUUUUGUUUUUUUUUAUACAUUACCUUCUGCUUUUUCAUCCUAUUUCUCUUAUUCGUCCUUAUUUUCCUGGUUUUAUUUAUAUUCGUCUUCCUUCUCCACAUCUUUUUCUUUCCUGGCUGGUUCCUGGCUAAUUUAAUAACAUAUCUUGUUGCUGUAUUGAUGUGGUUGUUUUUUUAUCCUUUCAUAUUCCGUCAUUCGCUUUAAUGUCGAUAUUCCACUCAUUUAGCUCUUUUGUCUCUAAAUGUACUUAAUUUAGGUAUGUACGUUUGGAGUCAAAAGGUUAGAAGAAUGAAAUAACCGAACUCUGUAGUUUACAACAAUGACAGGCGUUGUCAUUUUGUAACUAAACCCAUUAUAUAAAACUAUGAAUUUUCGGACUCAGUUCUCUAAACAUUUUUAUUACUUUCUGAGUAAUUUGCUUACCGAAUUCGGAAUCGCCGUGUACAUAAUAUUAUUAGUAAUUGAAUGAUAUUGUUUUCUUGAGAAAAAAAGUAAUCACGAUUUUUACGUCAGUGUUGCAACGGCUGAGAUAUUAAAUGUAUCACUUUUUGUACCAGGGAAAUCGUAUUUCAUUAUAUUUCCUGUUUUGUUUUAUAUUAUGUGCCUUUUUGUACGUAUUUUUAAGUAUUUUGUGGUAUUUGUUUUACAUUUAUUUCAUUUAUUUGUGCCAAUUAAAAAUUUACUCAAAAAAUCACAAAAAUAAGGAUAUGUACUUGCUUAACUGUACACUAUUCUGUCCAUGGAGAAAAACAAUAAAAAAUUUCUUAUUAGUGUCAUUCCAGUUGUAUCUAAAAUAUGAUUAGAUUAGACAAAUGCAGGGCUGUUUUCGGUAAAAAUUCGUUUCGCGGCCGAUUUUCGGCCCGCCAACUGUAACAAAAAGUAAAAUGUAGUUAUUUUUUAAAAAAAUAUAAAAGUUAAAUUAAAACCGGCCGCCGAAAUUCGUCCUCGACAUUUUACCUGUUUUUGUAAGUCACUUAAAAAUUUUUCGCUUAAAAUGUUUGUAAAUUUAUUUAUAAUGGUGCACUAGCCUUAAGAUGCAUAAGUUAGGUGUAAAUUGGAAUUGUGUGUCGCAUGUUUAUGCGUUAGAAUGAAAAAUAUUAGUUUUUUUUUAGUCAAGACGGGCCUCUCUACUCAAAAUCGUAUCAGUUAUUAUCUAUAUUGUAAGGAUCACGAAUACUUACGAAAAGUAAAAUUUAGCCAAAUAGUUUUUAACAGGGAUUCGGGUAUCUUACACCACAUUUUUCGUCAGUGUCAAAUUAAAUAAAUGUUAAUGGUAAAAAAGUCGAAAACAAUGUAUCAAUAUUGUAGUAUACAUGCUCUUGCAGCUUCCUGCAGAGCUGCUUUUGCCAAUGUGUAUUUUUAUUUUUAUUGCUGCCCUCUCUCCUUACCUGUCAGUUAUUAGUAAGAGUUUGCGUUUCUUUUUGUAUAUCGGAAAUGGAAAAUAGUUCAUAGAUGUGUCGUUGUUUUCAUUGUGAAUACCUGAGAAUAAGGUAUCGUAAAAGUGUUUGGUCCGAAGACAUUGAACAAAUAUUUGUUCAGACUGACGACUGAAAUCGAAAGAGCUUGAAGUGGUAGGGGGUCGUCAAAGUUCCAGAAUCCCAAUUUUUUCAUUAUUUUACCUUAUUGGUUUCUUAAAAUACGGAAAAUUUAAUUUGAAGUUUGUAUACGAAUCAAUGGGUCGAAGUUUUCUUUUUUUUUUUGUUCUGAUUCAUUCCCGAAGAAUUUCGCUGAAUUUAGUGGCUCAAGAGGCAGUUUUAACUGUACAUUUAGGCAUCUAAAGAAAAUAUUGAUAUUAGCGAUUAGAAAUAAUGAAUUUUUGUUAACAAAUUAAUGACUACAUACAAAAUGUAUUAGUAUUGAAAUUAUUGAAAGUAUUAUUUUUUCCAGGUCUAAAAUGCAACUUAAUUUUAGUAUUUUUAUCCAUGACGUAAUUUUAAUGUUCAACCGCUUUAUUCCAAAAAUAACAAUUCGCCCGUCUUGACUGAACAUGGCAUUGAAUUUCAAUUAUAUUGAUACUAUCGAGUUUGUGAUCCUAAACUAUUUUUGAGCCUUAAUUUUUUUACCUAAAUAAUACAUCAUUCUGUAACAUUUUUUUAAUUUAAUACAGCAUUACACUAAUCGUUUCAUGUCUGUAAAUAUUAUGUUUUUAUAAUAUAUGAAAUAUUUAUUAAUUAUACACUUGUAUGAGUCAAAAACACUCAAAACAUCAAAUAAAAGUUCAUAACCC